CCUCGGUUUAGUCAGUUUUCGAACGCGGCUUAGCUCGAAUCGUUGGCAACGGUUCUUAACUUCCGUUUCUUUUUUCCCUUUGGUUUUCUUUUGCCCCUGUUUGGUGUGUAUCCAAUGAGCGGUCCGGCUCAGUCCUUGUCCAACCGUGGACGAAGAAGCACCAGAAGCCUUAUCAGCUCAUCUUGACCAAUCGUACCGUAGUGAGGGGAUUGAAGAAGAUUUUUUUUGUGCUAGUUUUUUUUUAUUUCGUGCAAAAGUUCCUUCCAUCCCUGUGGGACGGCCAGGACAAAGGUCCGCAUCCUGACCCCCGACCGGGACAAAAAUGACAGUGAUCUGUCCAUUAUCUAGCAACGUCUUCGUUGAAGCCGGUGUAGCCUACCAUCGAGCCGCCACCAGGGACUCGGGGUUUGUCCUCUGAGAACAAGGAACUCUGAACCUUCCUGCAGUGCAGUGCCUGUGCAACUCACACACACACAUUCUCAAGCUGUGAUAUUUAUAAGCGCGCGUACUUUCUGCUGUUUUCCAAUAAAGUAAAAUAAAAUAAGCUAAGUGAGUGAUCCCACUACAAGUGUGUGCUGAGUUGAAAGUGCCAACAAGAACGUGUGUGGUGUUCUCGAGAGUUAAGUGACUUCCAUCCACGACGAUCGUUCUAAGAAGAAGUGAGCAAGAAAACAAACCACAGCGAUAAAACAUGACGGGGAAGGAAACCUCCGCCCUGGUGGACAAGGGCGCCCUGCCCAAAAUAGUGGCCACCAACGAGAAGGGCGUCACGAUGACCCUGCCCAACGUCGAGGGUCAACCUAGCAAAAGUGAGCGGGGCAAGGCUCUGCGCCAGGUGAUCGCCGCCUUCGUCGCCAACAUCGGAACCAUCAACACGGGCCUGAUCUUUGGCUUUUCGGCCGUCGUCAUUCCCCAGCUGCAGGCCGCCGACACGCUGAUCCCGGUGGACGAAAGCCAAUCGUCGUGGGUUGCAUCCCUCUCAGCAAUCGGCACCCCAAUCGGAUGUCUCCUUUCCGGCUACAUGAUGGAUACAAUCGGGCGCAAAAAGGCGCUCCUUCUAACGGAAAUUCCACUCAUCAUCGGAUGGAUCGUGAUCGCAUGCGCCACCAACGUCGACAUGAUUUACGCGGGCCGCGUGCUGACCGGAUUCGGUUCCGGAAUGGUCGGCGCUCCGGCUCGGGUGUACACCUCGGAGGUGACUCAGCCCCACCUGCGGGGGAUGUUGUGUGCACUCGCUUCGACUGGAAUCAGCUUGGGAGUUUUGCUGCAGUACACGCUCGGGGCGUUCACCAGUUGGAAGACGUUGUCGGCGAUUUCGGCUUCUGUGCCGGUGGUGGCGUUCGUGCUGAUGCUGUUCAUGCCGGAAACUCCGAACUAUUUGGUGACCAAGAACAAACCCGACCAGGCGAUGAAAAGUUUGGCGAAGCUGCGCGGAUCGACGUACAAUCUGGAACGUGAGGUGACUCAGCUGCAGACAUUCGCUCAGAAAAGUAAUCAGAAGAAGAAGCUCACGACGAAGGAAACCAUUCAAGCGCUGCUCCAUCCGUCCUGUCUGAAGCCGUUUGGCAUCCUGUCGCUUUACUUUAUGAUGUACCAGUUCAGCGGGGUCAACACAAUCACAUUUUAUGCCGUUGAGAUUUUCCGGGAUUCGGGCACGACCAUGGACAAAAACACGUGCACGAUAAUGCUCGGUUUGGUGCGAUUCAUCUUUACCAUCAUUGCGGCAAUUCUGCUGCGGAGGUGCGGCCGUCGACCGCUCACGUUCAUCUCGGGAAUCGGCUGUGGCGUCACGAUGAUCGGUCUCGGCACGUAUCUGUACUUCAAGAAGAGCUGGGAGGAGGCCGACCCGCCGAUUGAACCCACCGCCACGUGGUUCCCCGUCGCCUGUAUCUUCAUCUUCACCAUCACCUGCACGCUGGGCUUCCUCGUCGUUCCGUGGGUCAUGAUUGGUGAGCUCUACCCGAUGAAGGUUCGCGGCAUCGUUGGCGGCUUCACCACCUGCAUGGCACACACCUGCGUCUUCAUCGUGGUCAAGACGUACCCAGUCCUGGCGCACCUCCUCGAACGUCACGGUGCCUUCAUCCUGUACGGCUGCAUUUCGUUCGUCGGAACGGUCUUCUUCUAUCUGUGCCUGCCGGAAACCAAGGGCAAAACGCUGCAAGAGAUCGAAGACUACUUCUCCGGCCGCACCAAGACGCUCAAAAAGUCCAAACAGCUGGAAGCGACGACGGCGGCCAAUGGCAACUCGAAACCGCAGCUGCUCGCCCCGGAGAAGAACAAGCUGCUUCCUUAAGCGCAGUGUGUGCCAUACAAGUAUUUUUUGUUUCGUUUCUUGGAAAGUGAUACUCUUUUUCCUUCGUCCCGUGAUUUCAGUCCUCUGCGCGCAGUCCAGUCCAGCGAAAGGCGAGGUUUAAUUUAAGCGUGCUUAAACUUUAGACAGUCUAUAUUAGAUUACUUUUUAGGAGCUCUUUUCUCAGCAUAGUAUUACAACUCUAUUAGUUACUAUCUUUAAUUUUUCAUUUUGUUUCGUUAUUAUAAAACGCUCAAUUGGAGAGGAUAAAGGAUCUGAUUUAUCGAAAGAGAGCGCACCGUAGCCAGAGGACCAACCACUAUUAAUUUUAAGCAACUCAGGUACACCGUCACGUGCUUUACAAAGACAGAACACAACAAGUGCGCGAUAUUGUGAUAGCAGAUUUCCAAAACUUACUCCUCGAGGAGUGCUGGAACGGCAGAAAAGUGGCUUACAAAUUGCUUGUAGAUAGUUAGAAAUAAACAGACACUUAACAAAUCGA